GGGAGCGGCGCGCACCGGCUCAGUGUACGUUUCCGUGUGCUGACAGUGGAUGUCGGAGCUGUGCCCCAGACGUCCCUUACCCGCCCUCGCCGGCUCCUCCCACUUCAUUCCUGUAGCCGGAGCGCUAACCUGCCACUGCUCUUCACAGGCACCGGAAGCGGCCCGAGGUGGGAAGCCAAUGACUGGGAAUAUCCGGCGUUGGCUGGGACCGGUCACGACGGGCUAAGUCCAUAGCGAAGUAGGGGUUUAACGCGGUGGGCGAGAGUGGCGCUCUCAAUCGGUUUGUGAGAGUAACAUAGGGAUAGGUUUGCCCGGCCUCGGGUCGCUACAGGCCUUACGUGCACAGCGCUCGUGCUCUCCUGCUGCUGUCGGCCCCUGCAGCCCCGCAUGUGCUUUGCAGAGGAGGAAGAGAGCCCCUAGCUGAGCCGGAGACUACCUACCUCAGGCCCGUGUGCCUCCCCUAAGGGCUCACCCAGCUUAUUACCAGCCGGAUCCCCUACAGUACAGGGACACGCAGCCGGGGACGUCCCGCCUAGAGAUCCACAUCUGAGGACUCUCCUCAAAGACUACAGUUGCUGGAUAUUAACUCCGCACUGUCCGCAUACCUGAACUCACCUGCCCAGGGACUCAGAUCUCACCUGAGGACGAUAAGGUAUCUUCUUCACUUGGCUCCAGAACUUAUUGAUCUUCUGCCAGCUUGGAGACAUUUACUACCUGACUGCACCCUCCAUUCUCUCUGAUAAAGUGACUUUCAUGCGCUACCAUGGGCAAGGUUCUUUCCAAGAUCUUUGGCAACAAGGAGAUGAGGAUCCUGAUGUUAGGGCUGGAUGCUGCUGGUAAGACCACCAUCCUAUACAAGCUGAAACUUGGCCAGUCUGUCACCACCAUCCCCACAGUUGGCUUUAAUGUGGAAACAGUGACUUACAAAAACGUCAAGUUUAACGUCUGGGAUGUGGGGGGCCAGGACAAGAUUCGACCUUUGUGGCGGCACUACUACACCGGCACCCAAGGCCUCAUAUUUGUGGUGGACUGCGCCGACAGAGACCGCAUCGAUGAGGCCAGGCAAGAGCUUCAUCGCAUCAUCAACGACAGGGAGAUGAGGGACGCCAUCAUUCUAAUAUUUGCCAAUAAACAAGAUCUGCCUGAUGCCAUGAAACCCCAUGAAAUCCAAGAGAAACUGGGUCUAACCCGCAUCCGGGAUAGAAAUUGGUACGUGCAGCCCUCGUGUGCCACCACAGGGGACGGUCUCUAUGAAGGACUCACAUGGCUAACAUCCAACUACAAAUCUUAAUGACUAAUAGAAGAUCCUCACACAAUUUAAGAUGCUGCUUCUCAGACAAUUAUAACGAAGGCGUGGGAGAGAAGCAGUGUCAUAGGAUUAAUGCUGAUCAGACUAAAUCACAAGGAAAUAUGGGCUGGAAUACUUUAAAAUUCUAUAUAUAUAUAUAUAUUUUUUUUUUUUUUUUGCUUUGCUAUAGGAUCCUAAUUUCCCAAAUUCCUGAUUAUAUAAAUGAGACUUCAAGCUCUAGAUUACAGAUGUGGCGCAAGCACUCUUUCUCUGUUGGCCCCAACGCGAGGGUUUGGUUUGAGGGAUACAUGUUUAGUUUCCUGUUCUGAUAUAUAUAUAUUUUUUAAACUCGUUUCCAUCUGGUGUAGUUCUGCCUUUCCGCAUUGAUACAGGGUAUGUUGCUAGACUGAUUUCAGCAAGUAAACUUUAUCAUUAUAUUCUUUAAAGUCA